ACUGUACUGAUUAUUUCUUAAACUUUGAUGUCCAAAUGGAGUCAUGUAUGGUGUUUCAGUUUUAACUUUGUUAACGUUCAGUAAUAAUAUAGAAAUGAACGCCCAUAUGCGCGACUUAUCUGAGAGGUAUCAAACUAUCUCUGUAUGAUUAGCAUGGUAGUAGUACACAAAAUGCUCUUCAGUUAUGUUUACAAAGCGUACUCGAAAUGAUUGACAGCUGUGUUGCCUGGAACACAUUGGCUAAAGUGUGAUGACGUAAUGGCUCAACAGGAAGGACUCAAGACAUACUGGUACUGUGGAAAUCAUAGAUAGUAGGGGGGCUAAGCCUGCCCUGUCUUCAGAACCUAGUGACGCCCCUGAGCCACACUUUGGACAUCCCGGGUAUAAUGGAUCAUUGACGUUACCUGUUUGGAUGACAGCACCAGGUCUUUUGUAAGAGGCUCAGAGGAAGAAGACGAAACGUGACUUCCUUACUUUGGCAGGCUAAUGAAAGAGGAAUGCUGCCAUGAUGUGUUGUAACCACACUCACAUUGAAACUCCACCUGUGUCUUCUGUACACAACAGCAUUCAUUUACUUAGCAUGUUAGCUUGAAACGGUCACGCUUUUUAUUACCUUCAGGUAAUUUUGCAGCAUCCCUUCAACUGUUCCGCAUCCAGGUAGCAGGUCCAGGGACAGAGAUCCUCAAACUCGGGUGCCAAGCGGGAGACGGUGUUCUUAAAAGAAUAAAGGCAACAGAUUUUUUGCUGGACGUCACCGGAGCUGUGACAAGCACUGAUGUUCACGAAUGCUCUGCAAAGAGUCAAAGAAGGAUCGUUCUUCAUCAUCGGACAUUGUGUUUUUCCUCCUGGUUCCUGUGACAGCUACGUCAACAUUACCGAACCGUCACGCAAUUUAGAGUUUACUUCCUCUUCCUUCCCCGGCUACUCACACGAUGACGGCUCCCUCACUGGCCAAUGGUUGCGCUUCACUGGGAUCGGCGGGGACAAAGUCGUGGAUGGCUGCCACGGAGGCCCUCGCGGUGGUUUCCAGUACCAGACUUACGUCCCCUUUUCACUUCCGACCAGCGAAUCCGCAAGUCCAACAACAGGGACGGCAUAUAAUUAUGUUUCAGGAUGUAAUAGUCACAGUUUAUCAGUGGACGUGGUGCUGUGUCCGGGGGGGUUCUACAUCUAUAAAGCUGGAAGCCACCCAUUGUCCGGUUCUGGGUUUGUUACCCAUCACUCUUCAUGUAAGAAUGAUUCUUGCGGCCUACUUGCGGAGUGUCAAAGUAACGGAGGCUGUACUUGUGUGGCCGGCUACGAAUUACUCCCGGAACAUCUACCGACGGGGGAUUCGUACGGCUGUACUGAUAUAGAUGAGUGCACAAGAACUUCAGGCAUCUGUGGAAGUAAUUCCGAUUGUAACAACACAAUCGGAGCCUAUAGCUGUCGCUGCCUGAGUGGAUUUGUUGCAACGGAUCCAAACAACCCACCUGGAGGCGCCAAUCCGUGCAUCGAUAUUGACGAGUGUCUUGAAAACGUCUGCGGCGACCACGGCGAAUGUGACAACCAGCCAGGAACCUAUCAAUGCGAAUGCAAUGAAGGGUACCAAAUUGUGACCAACUCCACCCCUGUUUGUCAAGAUAUCGAUGAAUGCUCCAAACAUGGCGUUUGUGGUCCAAGCUCCUUGUGCACCAACACGCCUGGAGAGUAUACCUGUGCCUGCCAAGCGGGUUUCGCUCCAACUAAAGAAGAAGAACCACCCAGCCCGUCCAACAACUGCAAUGACAUUGACGAAUGUGCCGAGGAUGCCGCUGUCUGCGGUCCUGACUCCAACUGCACCAACUCAGUGGGCUUAUACAUCUGCAUCUGUUUCCAUGGUUACCGAGUGAACCGCCCUAAAGAGAUAGCCAGCAAUGCUAACCCUUGCACAGACAUUGACGAGUGCAGUGAGACGCCUGGUAUUUGUGGGAAAGGAACCGUGUGCACAAACGCACCGGGGACCUUCUACUGCUCCUGUCCGGAUGGCUUUUACCCGACCACUGGCAUCAAGUGGAUUGUUGGCAUCUCCUUUUGUAAAAGUCUUGAGGAUAUUCUGAAUGAGAUCAAACCCCCGGUGGGUCUCACAAAAGAGAGAACUUUUCUCGACAACAUGGACCAACAACUUGUGGACAACACAGAAAUCACCCUGCCAGAACCGACGGUGGCAAACAGCUUUUCCGCAUCAAUGGAGGUGUCAGGGGUUGGACCCCGGGCCACCAAUGUCAAGGUGAGCAGUGAAGGAGACGGAGAAACAGGAAGUAAGAUCCUCGCCAUUUCAGACCGCCUGGUGACCGCCAUGGUUUGGAAGGGUCAGAAUCACACCAAGAAAACCUUAAACAGCACAACAGUGGAUUUAACCCUGGAGACGUUUGGACCCGGGAGUAGCGGCGAAAGUUCCUCUCAUCUGUCAGCCAAUGGGAACAUCAUGACCAUUAACCUGGAGAGUCUGGCUAAAAACAACAAUGGUUCGGCGGCAGCAGCCUUCAUGACUCUAAACGGCAUGGAAAGUCUUCUCAGUCAUCAGUACUUUGAAAGCGAGAACAGGACGGAGAUGUACUCGGACGUGAUUACGGCCGUCUUACCCUUGGUCAACAACACCAACCUCACCGAGCCUGUCAACUUCACCUUUCAACACAAGAAGAUAUUUCCUGAAUCAGGAUUGGUGACGUGUGUGUACUGGGAGCACACGGAAGAAAAUACGAGGAGUGAAAAAAGAAGCACGACAAAUACGAAGAUGAGGUGGUCCGUCGAUGGAUGCUGGGUUGCGUACUCAAACCCAAACUUCACCGUGUGCAGCUGCUCUCAUCUGUCCACUUUUGCCCUCAUCCUGCAGAUAGGAGAGCCUCCGCCGGAAGAUUCCUUUUUGGAGUGGCUAAACCGAGUGUGCGUCAUCGUUGGACUCUGCUUCUUUGCGUUGGCCAUCCUCACCUUCCUGUUGUGUAGUUGGAAUCCCAAAAUCAACAACACGGCUCGACUUCACCUGUGCCUCAGUCUCUCUUUGUCGCACCUCCUGCUGCUGUGGAACGACGAAUAUGUUGAACAUGAGCUGGCCUGCACCGUCAUAGCAGGACUUCUCCACUUCUUCGUGGUUGCGAGUUUUGUGUGGAUGCUGCUUGAAGCCCUGCAGCUCUACCUGCUGGUCCGAAAGCUCUCCAGGGUUCAGGUGAUCCAAAGAGAUGGGCUUCCCAGGCUGUUGCUCUACCUGAUCGGCUACGGUGUUCCAUUUGUGAUCGUGGGCAUUUCCGCGUUGGUUUACUCCGAAGGAUACGGAGCGGUGAAUUCAAAGGAUUGCUGGCUAUCGCAGGAGCGUAAAUUCCACUGGGCUUUAUCGGGACCGGUCAUAACCGUCCUUGCUCUUAACGUCACCUUAUUCUGCGCUACCUUAUGGUGCCUGAGACCCACCUUGGCCAACAUGAGAAGUGAUGUCUCUCAGUCCAGGGACACCAGGUUGAUCGUCUUUAAGAUCGUGGCCCAGUUUGUCAUACUGGGCUGUACGUGGAUUAUCGGACUGUACCAAAGCAACCUUUUCUUCCAAGUCCUUUUCAUUAUUCUCAACUCCCAGCAAGGAACCUUCCUCUAUAUUGUCCAUUGUGUCCUCAACAAAGAGAUCAGGGAGGAGUACAUGAAAUGGUUGACAUGUACAUUCAAUAAGAAGGAACACAAUACGUCUGUGAAAGAUGCACAGUCAGUGUCCGAGGACUUAGACAAGGCUGACCAGGAUGGAGACAGCAUGAAAAAAACGAAGAAUAUGACUGGAAAAUGAUGUCAUAACAUUGAACCGUAACAUUACAUUACUGUUAUGCUAUUGUUAUGGAUGUAAACACAACACCGAUACCCGCCCCAUUACAGCAACCAUUUUUCAAACAGUACAUUUUCUUAAGGGAUAAUACCGAUAUACAACAUGACACGAGUGCUGCCGCUAUUGGGGUGCUGCGGUUCAUUGAGGGAAAUAAUGAAUUCCAUGCAUGUAAUGUAACAUAACAUUGGGAAACAGUGCCUCAUCCCUUCUUUUGAGAAACUGAGCCAUUCCAUCCAUGCCCAAGAGGAUUAAGGCCGUACUAGAUAACAAUACUGCUCACACUAAGUACUCGCACUCUUGUGUACUUGUGUUGCCGUACUUGUAUACAAGGAGUCUUCUUAUAUGUGGACACAGGGAUAUAAAUAAAGGGAUUUUUUAAUUAGUUUGGGGCACGGUGGUCGAGUGGUUAGCGCACAGACCUCACAGCUAGGAGACCGGGGUUCAAUUCCUCGGCCAUCUCUGUGUGGAGUUUGCAUGUUCUCCCCGUGCAUGCGUGGGUUUCCUCCCACAUUUCAAAAACAUGCUAGGUUAAUUAGCGACUCCAAAUUGACCAUAGGUAUGAAUGUGAGUGUGAAUGGUUGUUUGUCUAUAUGUGCCCUGUGAUUGGCUGGCCACCAGUCCAGGGUGUACCCCGCCUCUCGCCCUGAAGACAGCUGGGAUAGGCUCCAGCACCCCUUGCGACCCUUGUGAGGAUAAAUUCUAGAAAAUGAAUGAAUGAAUGAACCUUCUAAAUGUGUUUUUUAACAUUAUUAGAGCUCUUUAGACAUGAAGUAGCACCCCUAUAGUUACUUAUACACUCCUAUAAUUCAUUAUUUAUAAUGUUACACAACUCUUACUUUUUUAACAUUAUUAGAGCUCUGUAGACAUGAAGUAGCACCCCUAUAGUCACUUAUACACUCCUAGAAUUCAUUAUUUAUAACGUUUUUUUUAUAACGGUUUUCUCCGGUUUCCUCCCACAUUCCAAAAACAUGCUAGGUUAAUUAGCAACUCCAAAUUGUCCAUAGGUAUGAAUGUGAGUGUGAAUGGUUGUUUGUCUAUAUGUGCCCUGUGAUUGGCUGGCCAUCAGUCCAGGGUGUAACCCGCCUCUCGCCCAAAGACAGCUGGGAUAGGCUCCAGCAUAUCAAUGACCCUCGUGAGGAAAAGCGGUAGAAAAUGAAUGAAUGAAUGAAUAAUUUGUUUGGGGGUUUUGGGACCCCCCCAAAAGCGGGAAAUUAUAUUAUAGAAUGAAUCUUUAAACUUGCAAAAUUCUUUAAGUGUGAUGUUCACCCCUUCAUACAAAUACACUAACUACCUUAAAUUAUACCCAAGUUCAAUUCCUAAAGUACUGAGACGAUUGGUUGCUGCAGUGUGGAGGGUGUACUCAAUUCCGUGAGAUUCUGUACGUGUGAUUGGUUAUGUGAACCUCAACUGUAUCCA